AAGCGACCUCCAGCUUGCCUCUCACUCCCCAGCUGGUCCACACACUCUCCCCGCCACGCACCCUCUCCCAGCACUCUCCCACCUCUCCCACCUGUGACACGCCCCCACCACUCCCCUCGUGUGACCCCUGACCCCGUGACCUACUCAAAAUAAGGGAAUCCUGACCUCGCAGCCCCCCCGUCCCUCCCUCCCUCGUUGGUUGAGGUGCAGGUCUGUGGGUAUGGGGGAAUUCGCCCCCUCCAAAGAUUCAUUAUCCAUCUCAGAAGUUGUUUGAGUUGCAGACAAAUACUAAGCUAACUAAUUAAGCUAACAGAUGUCGGGGGGAGGCGGGGACAGGUCGGGGCCGGGGCCCAUCCCACCGCGAUGGCUGCUCUGCCCCAGGAAGAGCCAGACCCUCAUCGGCGGCAAGUUCCUCGUGUUUAAAACUCCGCUCAGCUCGAAGUUUGACGAUCAGGUACCCCCAGAGCACAGGUUUUCUCCGGAGAUGCUCUUCGACUCCAUGAAGAGCUACAAGGUCAAAAUUGGGCUGUGGGUGGACCUGACCAACACUAAGAGGUUUUACGACAGUUCCGACAUUGAGAACGCCGGGGCUCGCUACGUCAAGCUCAAAUGCCGGGGCCACGGGGAGUGCCCCAACCAGGAGCAGGUCAACUUGUUCACCGACAUCUGCGAAAAGUUCAUCAGAAAAACUCCAUUAGAGAUCAUUGGUGUUCACUGCACUCAUGGCUUCAAUCGCUCUGGGUUCAUGAUUGCUUCCUACUUCAUCAACAAACAUGACUGGGGCGUGGACUUUGCCAUCAGCGAGUUUGCCAAGGCCAGGGCCCCGGGCAUCUACAAAGCUGACUACCUGCGGGUCAUGUACGAGAGGUCGGGAGACAACCCCAAUGAAGCGCCUCCUCCCCCUCCCCUCCCUGACUGGUGUAAUGAGUUUGACGACAGCACUGGCGACGACGGUGACGCCCCCAAAGGCAGCGGUGGUGGUGGCGGGGGUGGGGGCAGGAAGAGGGAGCGGCAGAAGAAGGACCCGACUUUCAUGGAGGGGAUCUCGGGUGUCACCCCCAUCACUGACAACCCCAAGCUGAGGGACCUGCAGAAGCGGAUACAACAGAUGUGCAACUGGGGCAGCACUGGGUUUCCAGGGUGCCAGCCAGUGAGCAUGGACAUGGAGAACCUGUUGCUUUUAGGGGAGAAGCCGUACCGUGUGUCCUGGAAGGCAGACGGCACCAGGUACAUGAUGCUAAUAGCUGGGCGUCGCGAGGUGUACCUGGCAGACCGGGACCACUGCAUCUUCCAGGCGCCAGAGGUGGAGUUCAGACAGAAGCACGACCUCAUGAUCCACCUCUCUGACACUUUAGUUGACGGGGAGAUGGUGAUCGACACCGACCCCAAGACGGGCGUGAAGUACCCGCGCUACCUCAUCUAUGACGCGAUCAGAAUCCAGGGCCGGGACGUCUUGCAGGACACCUUCCACAUGAGAUAUGAACGCAUCAUGACGGACAUCAUUCUGCCAAGGAACGCAGCGAUCGAGAAGGGUCUCCUCAACAAGCAGAAGGAGCCGUUUGGGGUGCGGCGGAAGGAGUUUUGGGAGGCCACCGUGCACUGGACCUACAAGCUACUCAGCCAGGAAUUCCAAAGCAAACUGUGUCACGAGCCUGAUGGUCUUAUAUUCCAGCCUGAACCAGACCCGUACACAACUGGGAGGUGCGACCACGUCCUGAAGUGGAAGCCUGCCAGCCAUAACUCAGUCGACUUCAAGUGUAAGAUUGUGAAGAAGGGAGGCGAAGGGCUACUCACAGAGACAGUUGGGGAGCUCUGGGUGGGGGGCCUAAACCAACCCUUUGCCAUGAUGAAGGCCACCAAACAGCUACGAGAAUACAACAACCGGAUCAUCGAGUGCAAGUUUGAGAAUAACCGCUGGGUAUUCAUGAGGGAAAGGACGGACAAGUCUUUCCCUAACAGUUACACUACUGCUGUCGCGGUGUGCAACAGUAUAAAGAACCCCGUGACCAAGGACAUCCUCAUGAAGUACCUCAACACGGAGGGCUACAAGAAGAAGGACGAGGAUCUCAUGCCGCCGCCCGCCCCCGCCCCCAAGAAGCAGAAGGUCUCCUAGUAGCGGCGUCGAGGCGGGGGGUUUGUGGUGUAAUCUAUUUUCCAUGUGGAGGCAGACUCGCUAGUGUGGGCUGCCCCUUUCAUGAAGUAGGUGUUUGGUGUAAGGAUAUGCUUUUGUUGAGUUGUGCCGGAGGACGCGAGGAAAACUGUGUGGCAUUCCCUCUCAUUGCCAUGGAUGGUGUGUAUCAGUAUAUAUAUAUAAAGUUUACAAUACUUUUUUGAAGAAAACAAUAAAAUGGCAAGUAAUGGCA